AUGAAGGAGGAGGACAUUGCCGCAAUGCUGUUUGGGAAGAAAGUUGUCGAGCUGGCAGAAGAUGCAUUUGAUUGUUCCAAGGAAGAAAGACAGAUCUUUGAUGGUGUCUUCUGCCUAAAAAACAUUGAUGGAUUAAAUGAUCAUCAUCAUGAAGGCACUGGACAUACUGUGGAUGCAGGCAAAGUUGUGACAAGGUCUAGCAAACCAUCAAGCUCUGCCCACAGUUACAAGACAUCACACUGUCGCAUAGUAGAGUCUUUCACUGCUGGCAACUUAUCAAGCUAUCGUGUCUCCUGUCUUGGUACCGAUGAUCAGGCUCACCGAACAAUGCAUUCUCCUGAUGCUAUCCAUUUUGAGCUUGCGGUACAGUGUACUCCUCCCCCUGAUCGGGUGUACACUCGUAGGGUGGUAAAUCACAUGAGCGAGAGGGCAACAAUUUGCAGUGCAAUGGAUUUGGAGAGCAUCGACAUUUCCAAUUUCAGUCGUCGGAGGGAUGGUCGCGGCCAUGGAGAGCUUUGGAACCAUCUUCGUCUGCAUGCACAUCUUCUGAUGGUGGAUGCCGGGUGGAAGAUUGAAGGCAAGGAAAGAGGCGGCAAGAGUAAGGUUAAGGUUGAUCAUGUGUAUGUGGCACCAGACAAUGUGAUGACACGCCUGUUUUCUCUUCCCAGAGCAUGGAAAUACUUUGGCCAGUGGUUGCUUGUGACAACACCCGGCGUCAAUGGAAAUGAGUCAAUUGACUAUGGAAAGGAGUGGUCGAACAUGCAUGAAUUUGUGUAUGAUUUGAAGAACACACUGCUAUGCUUACAGUAUGAGGUCCAACGUACGAAGCCAGCACUAUCUUUCCUCUCCCAGUGGCAGCUCCUUGAUCCUUUCAUGGCUGUUGUUUGCAUUGAUAAGAAGGUUGCAGCUCUUAAAAAUGGAGUGGCACUGAAAGCUGUUAACAGCACUGUGACUUUCCUCAAUCGCAGUGAGUGUAAGCUGUUGAAUGCCAAGAAUUCAAGUAGGUCACUUGGGGUCAACCCCACAAGUAAAUAUACGAAUCCAUAUCUCAGCUCCUGCAAAAAAAGUCUUCUGCCGCUUCUCUCUGAAUCUGAUUAUCAGCCUGAUAAGGAAGGGAAUCCUAUGCCUAAUGAACCUAAUGAAGAAGCUUCUCUAUUUUGUAUAAACAAGACUAGUGAAGAUGAAGCUGAUCGAAGGUCAUUGUCAGAAAUGAAUGAAAGAGGCAUAAAAAGCACAGCUCAUCGCAUAGUUAUGGGUCUCCAUGAUGCAACAGCUUUUCAUGGCUCAAGGCAAACUUGUUCGGGCAGGAAAAGGAAAUUUCCGUGCAUCAAGUCUAAAGAGGAUCAUCAAGCUGAAGACAAGUCUGACCCAUUAUACUUUCCACUCAGCUGUUCAUCCACAUUAAGUCAUCUGGUUGAUAAUGUUCAAAUAAAUGAUGUUAGCUCUCAUGGCUAUGAAACCACAGAAAUUCCAGACAUGGGCAAUUGUACUGAUAUUCUUGAUGAGAUGUACCUAGGAGAGAAUUUACUGUUUGCCCCCGAGAUUGAUAAUAUGCUACAUGGAACUACAGAUGAUAUCAACAAUGAACAGAAUGAUGAUGCAGCUGUCUCUGAGCCCCAAUCAGCAGAUAAUGAUGGGAGUGGACCUUCUGGUGCAUCAUCGCUACCACCAGAGAAAGAUGCAUACAUGGGAGCUAAAAAGGACUGUAUUAACGGCUAUCAUGAUCCUCCAGUUGUCUCUGAGUUGCAAAUGGCUAAUAAGGAUGCAGAAUGUGAACCUUCUGGCGCAUUCUCGCUACUAUCAGAAAAGGGUAAAGAUUUGGAAGCUAAUAAAACGAGCUUGGAAGAUCCAGCAAAAACAGGCCAAUUAUCAUCUGAAGCUAGUGGCAGCACUUUGAUGAUCUCAGAGCCACAAGUAUUGUUUGUGUCCCCACAAGAUGGGACUCUGUCUUUCAUGAACAAUAAUAUGAACAACCAAGAGAUGUUGAGCUUCCUGAAUGCUUCCCCUGACACCAUGGAUACCGAAAUGCAGCUGGACUCUAAUUCAUUGGUUUAUGAGGCAAGCUUGAUCCAGGGUUUCUUGUACCUUGACAAUGAGGGUUCUCCAAUUUGUUGGACAGUAAUGAACCCUGAACCUCCUAGGCGCUUGAUAUGUGCUACUGCUCCGGAACCAAACUCGAAGCUGUCGAAACAGUAUGUUGAAAUGAGGUUGGAGAAUGAUGCAUCAACGUCUGAACAUAAGAAGGGGAAAAAAUGGCCCGAUAAGGCUGCAGAUAUCCAAGACAGUGUCAGACAUCCUUUGAAUCUAGUGCUUGCAAACAAAAAUGACAAGGACCAAGGUGAGCAAAGCAGUGAACCUUCAGAACAACUCAUGUCCAAAGAACCACACAAAAGGGACAUCAAAAGGCAAAAGAGAACAUGGUCUCGCACAUGCAAGUUUGAUGAUGAUGAUCUUCUGAUGACAGCUGUAAUAUAUAAGCUGACAGCACGUUACAGGAACUCUUUUCAUCGGAAGCUCAGAAAUAAAUUCGGUUUCAAGCGUCUUCCAAGAUAUCGCUGGGAGAAUGAAGAUAAAGGUGACAGGAAGAAGUUUCCUGGAGGAGCAAGGACGGUGCUGAACAAGUUACUUGAAAUGGGCAUUGUUGCUAGAGUGAACAUUCUUCAAUGUCGAGGUCCAGGAGGCAAAAAUGUGUUAAAGGAUGGGAACAUAACUACGAGUGGCAUUCGAUGCCGAUGCUGUGGCACCACAUUCACAAUGUCCAAGUUUAAGUGUCAUGCUGGUCUCAGGCAAGAAGUCCCAUCUCUGAAUCUUUUCUUGGGUACAGGCAAAUCAUACAGUCUUUGUCAGCUUCAAGCAUGGUCUAUAGAGCAGAAGGUGAGGAAAGAGCGUGCAAAAGAUACAAUGUCCCUUCAAGCAGAUCAAAACGAUGAUACCUGUGGAUCAUGUGGCGAUGGUGGUGAACUGAUAUGCUGUGACAAUUGUCCUGCUAGUUACCAUCAAGCCUGCUUGCCUUGUCAGGAUAUUCCAGAUGGCAACUGGUACUGCUCUAGCUGCCUUUGUGGCAUUUGUGGGGAAGUAAUCAAUUCAAAGGAGCUCAGAACUUCCCUUCCUGCUUUAGAAUGCUCACAGUGCGAACGGCAAUACCAUGUAAAAUGCGUAUCUGCUAAAGUUCCGUGCAAUGAGGAUGGACCUGGUACCUGGUUUUGUGGAAGAAAAUGCCAGCAGAUUUAUACGAUCUUUCGUUCUCGUGUUGGAGUGCCUGAUCACGUGGAUGAUGGUCUGUCUUGCACCAUUCUUCGUAACAAUGGUGAUAAAAAGGUUCGUACAGCAGAGGAGAUUGCUCUCAUGGCUGAAUGCAACAUGAAACUUAUGAUUGCCUUGAGUAUUAUGGAAGAAUGUUUCCUGCCUAUUCUAGAUCCCAGGACAGGGAUAGACAUUAUUCCCUCUAUAUUAUAUAACUGGAGGUCUGAUUUCAUACAUUUCAAUCACAAGGGGUUCUAUACUGUAGUUUUGGAAAAUGAUGACAGCAUGGUAUCUGUUGCCUCCAUAAGGUUGCAUGGUGCAAUUGUAGCAGAGAUGCCUCUAGUGGCAACCUUCACAGAGAAUCGUCAGCAGGGGAUGUGCAGGCUCCUCAUGGAUUACAUUGAAGAGAUGCUGAAAUCUCUGAAUGUGGAGAUGCUACUCCUAUCAGCAAUUCCGCACCUAGUGGAGACAUGGACAUCAACAUUUGGGUUCAGAGAGAUAGACGAUGAAGACAAGAAGAGGCUAAGUAAGGUGAGGCUGGCCGCAGUUCCGGGGACUGUCCUACUGAAGAAGAACCUGUGUGAAUGUUCAGACAUGGACACCGUGGGUUGCAUGCGCCGCCGGGGUCAGUCGUCGUCGCCGGUGACAACAGCAGCUUAUGAUCGUCGUCACUGGGCGCCGUCUCCUGUUGCUGUUGCUGAAGACGGAGCCGAGGCCGAGGCCGAGCAUCAGCACGGGCCGUCUGAGCUGUGA